AUGUGGCCCUCUCCCAAAGCUGCCUACCUCCUCCUCUUGGCCCGCUCGGCUGUUGUCGGCGCGUCCCCUAUCGAGCUUGAGGAGCGUCAGUCAUGCCCUUCCAUCCACGUCUUCGGUGCUCGUGAGACCACGGUCUCUCCGGGUUACGGAACCGCUGGCGUCGUUGUCAACCUGAUCCUUCAGGCCUAUCCCGGUGCCACCUCCGAGGCCAUCACCUACCCGGCUUGCGGUGGUCAGUCUUCUUGCGGCGGCAUCCAAUAUGGUGACUCGGCCAGAACGGGCACCAACGCCGUCGCAACGGCUGUGAACAACCUCAAUGCUCGCUGCCCCAACACUCAGAUUGUCCUUGUCGGAUAUUCUCAGGGCGGUCAAAUCAUGGACAACGCCGUUUGCGGUGGACCCGAUAGCGGCUCCGGCAUCACUAGCAGCACCCCCGGCAUCAAUGCCAGCGCACUUAACCAGGUCAAGGCCGUCAUCAUGAUGGGCAACCCCCGUUACCGCACCGGCCUCUCUUACAACGUGGGAACUUGCACUGCUUAUGGCUUCGCCUCCCGCCCUGCCGGCUACACCUGCGCCUCGGCCUCCAAGCUCCAGAACUACUGUGACUCACCCGACCCGUACUGCUGCACGGGCAACGACCAAGCCACUCACCAGGGUUACGGCUCCAAGUACGGCCAGCAGGCCCUCGCUUUCGUCAAAUCCAAGCUCAGCAGCAGCGGUGGUGACGGCGGAAGUACUCCUACCAACCCUACCAACCCUUCCACCCCUACUCAACCCAGCACAGGGAACUGCGCGGCCAAGUGGGGCCAGUGCGGUGGACAGGGCUGGACCGGCGCGACUUGCUGCCAGUCUGGGUCGACUUGCCAGGCUGCUAACCAGUGGUACUCUCAGUGCCUCUAA